GGCGCAGUGGCUACAGAUCUGGGCGUCCCGAUGCCAGGCGGCCGGAGAGCGCCAGGAGAGCAGCAGGGCCUGGAGGAGUCCUUUGAAGAAAAAUGUGCUUCUUAAAUCAACCCCAGCCUCUUCUCUGUACAAAGAACUCUUCAUGAUACUAGCAGAAAAGAAGCAAAUUAAAUUCAAAGCUUAUCUGCAGCUCAGAAGAACAAAGAAAUGGAGUUUUGAGGAGUGAAGGUAGCAUGGCGUCGGCCAUGGGUGAUCAAGACACAGCCAGACAAUGUGGAUCAAUUUCUUCAAAUUACGGCUUUUCUGCUGUCUGCUUGCAGUGCUGAUGGUGGUGGUGCUGGUCAUCAAUGUUACUCAGGUAGAGUACUUGGACCAUGAGACUGUUUCAGCCACAUUCAUUGACAGCAGUGGACAGUUUGUUUCCUCCCAGAUGACAAGAAUUAGCCGGAAUCCUUACUGUGGCUAUGAGCAUCAGACUCUGUCCAGCCGGGAGCGCAUGGAGGAGGACUCCUUGCUGGCUGCCUUACAGUGGCAGCUGCCUGAAGUGGGUCCAGUCCCCUUUUUGAAGAGCACUGACCCUUCUUCUAGCUACUUUGUUAUCAUGAACUCCGCAGCCUUCUUCAUGGUGGGAAGCCAGCUUGAAGUGCUAGUUCAUGUGCAGGAUUUUCAAAGAAAGCCCAAGAAAUACGGUGGAGACUACCUACAGGCCAGAAUCCACUCCCCUAAGCUGCAGGCAGGGGCUGUGGGCAGAGUGGUAGACUAUCAGAAUGGGUUUUACAAGGUCUUCUUUACUCUGCUCUGGCCCGGCAAAGUUAAAGUGUCCAUAUCUCUGGUCCACCCCGCUGAGGGGAUCAGAGUUCUUCAGCAUCUGCAGGAAGAGAAACCACACAGGGUCUAUUUCAAGAGUCUCUUCCGUUCAGGAAGAAUUUCUGAAACCACUGAGUGCAAUGUGUGUCUUCCUGGGAAUCUGCCCCUGUGUAACUUCACAGAUCUCUAUACUGGAGAACCCUGGUUCUGCUUCAAACCAAAGAAGCUCCCUUGCAGUAGCAGAAUUAACCAUUUCAAAGGUGGAUAUCUGAAGGGCCUCCUAACUGCUGCAGAGACUGCUUUCUUCCAGAGUGGUGUCAAUAUCAAAAUGCCAAUCAACUCCAGUGGACCUGACUGGGUGACUGUGAUUCCCAGGAGAAUGAAAGAAACCAACAAUCUAGAACUAUCUCACGGCUCAGGAACUUUUCCUUCUGGGUUUUAUUAUAAAGAUCAGUGGAGGCCCAGAAAGUUUAAGAUGCGCCAGUUUAAUGACCCUGACAACAUUACAGAAUGCUUACAAAGAAAAGUGGUGUAUUUGUUUGGUGACUCAACGAUCAGGCAAUGGUUUGAAUACCUUACUACGUUUGUUCCAGAUUUAGUGGAGUUUAACUUGGGUAGUCCCAAGAAUGUGGGUCCCUUCCUUGCGGUGGACCAGAAGCACAACAUCCUGCUCAAAUACCGCUGCCAUGGCCCGCCCAUCCGUUUUACGACCGUCUUUAGCAAUGAGCUCCAUUAUGUGGCAAAUGAGCUGAAUGGCAUCGUGGGAGGGAAGAACACAGUUGUUGCCAUAGCUAUAUGGUCCCACUUCAGCACCUUCCCUUUGGAAGUGUAUAUCCGACGGCUCAGGAACAUCCGCCGAGCAGUGGUCCAGCUCCUGGAUCGAAGCCCUAAGACUGUGAUAGUCAUCCGGACAGCCAAUGCCCAAGAGCUGGGGCCUGAAGUGAGCCUUUUCAAUAGUGACUGGUACAACUUCCAGCUGGACACCAUCCUCCGGAAGAUGUUCUCAGGGGUUGGAGUAUAUCUCGUUGAUGCCUGGGAGAUGACCCUGGCUCAUUAUUUACCCCACAAACUACAUCCGGAUGAAGUUAUUGUGAAGAACCAACUGGACAUGUUCUUGUCCUUUGUGUGCCCCCUGGAGACCUAGCCUGCCCUGGAAGGAACUGAAGGAAUCACAUUUUCUGCAUUGGAGACAGUUUAUGGGUGGCUCCAUGGAGAGAUAGCUGCUAUUGAAAUGUACAAAAUUUCAAAAAGAGCUGGACUUUAUAUAAUGACUUGUAAGGAGCUUAGAAAAUGCAGGUUGCAUUUGUAUCUACCUACAGGAUUUUUUCCAAUCUUUACAUAGCCAUGGGAGAACCAUUAUUAGCAACAUCUACGCACCGUAUUGCCCUUGUAACCAAAGAUACUAAUGAGUGUGUUUGAAUUAGCCUCUCCUGAGGGGAGGAAUUACUAUGUUAAAAAUUGAAAAAUGUUCUGACCUAAAUGGUUGGAAGUGGAGUGUUUGUAGCUUUUGUGGUAAAGGAGAUUGUGCUUAUCUGUGUGAGUAGCUCAGUUGGUCCAUCUUCAGCGUGAUAAACUCAUGACGCUUAUGGUUAGGGGCUCCUGUGACACACAGAAGCCUGCUGGGUCUCAGGAGUUCCUCUUUAUUCACCUUUUUGAAUUACUUGAAAGGCAAGUAUCUUUGGUUAGAAUUUUCUAGUGAGAACAUUUACAGUGUCCUGCUUUUAUCUAGAAAAGCAGCAAAAGGGAAAUACGAAGCGGUGUAUAUGAAAUCUGUGUGUUGUGUUGAUGUGUGUUGGCCAGUUGUUAUUACUUGAUUCAGCUAAAUCUUACACGAUGAAUACUUUAAAAUAAUCACUUUUGGAACUGGAAGGGGGAAAUCUAUAAAUGGAAAUUUAUUUUUGUGUUCUGAAGUUUGAGGGUUUUAAGAAUUGACUUAUGUACAGAACCCUGUUGUUUAUUAUAAAGUUGUACAAGUUACUUC